UCAAUGCUGAUGGAUUUGAGCCAGGGUGGCGGGUGCGCGGAUAGACGCCUGCGAAAUCCGUGCGCCCGGGGCAGUGCUGCUUCGGAAAUCUGACCUGCCGGCGGAGAAGGAUUAUGCUAACGGCCAUGCUGAUGCUGCGGUGAAGCGCAAGGUAGCUGCGAUGCCAGCAGAAGCAUCUACUAUUCCGAGGAGGCACCCGUCACCGUCACCCAAUGCCGGCGGUCGAGCGUCGUCCCCGACGCCAGCUGGGUCACAGGCGAAGAGGUCCCAGUCCACCGAACGGCGGCAGGCGACUCCGUCGAGGCCGUCUUCGGGCGGCUCGCGGCCCACUACCCCGUCCAGGAUCUCUGCCUCGGCGUCGCCAUCGUCUGCGCCUUCCAGCCCGUCCUCCUCAUCCUCCAGCUCGUCCACGCCGGUGCAUGAUGCCGUUUCAGAGACGCAAAGCGCUCCGAGGAGGUUGUCGGGUUGCCGGGCUCCUGAUGGGUUGUGGCCUUCAAUGCGGAGUCUGUCUUCUUCUUUCCAGGUCGAAUCAAAGGGGAAAAGGAAUUCUAGUACCUCUUCUGCAGGCGAGGCCAAGACGAGGGAUGCAGCACCAGCUGAUAGGAAGAGGAGCCCGUUGAGAGGGAGAGCUACCCCUGAGCAAUCAGAGAAUCCACAUGCCAAGGUGAUUGAUCAUCAUCGCUGGCCUGCUAUGAUGGGGGGCAGGGUGUCUGCAAGCACAAUGUCCAAGAGCAUGGAUCUCACUGACAAGAUCAGUAGGUCUACUGUUCCAUCAGUUCCGUUACGUGGGGUUUCACCUAAGCGAACAACAAUGUACUCCGCUGCAAAUACCUUGUCAAGAAGUAUUGAUCUUGCUGAUAAAAUUGACCGGCUGGUCUCUUCGUCAAUGUCAUCACAAGGGGGGUCACCAAGAAAGUCACCUUCUAAUGAUGCAGAUGAUGCGUCCAAAAAGGCCGUUGUUCGUAGAGAUCUCAAACUUUCUUCCUUGGCAAUUUCAUCAAGAAGGGUGUCACCAACAACAACAGCUGCAUCAGAUGGCACCAGGACACCAAGAAAGUCACCUUCUAAUGAUGCAGAAGAUGCGUCCAAAAAGGCUGUUGUUCGUAGAGAUCUCAAACUUUCAUCCUUGGCAAUUUCAUCAAGAAGGGUGUCACCAAUAACAACAGCUGCAUCAGAUAGCACCAAGACACCAAGAAAGUCACCUUCUAAUGAUGCAGAUGAUGUGUCCAAAAAGGCCGUUGUUCGUAGAGAUCUCAAACUUUCAUCCUCGGCAAUUUCAUCAAGAAGGGUGUCACCAAUAACAACAGCUGCAUCAGAUGGCACCAUGACCCUAUCAGAAAGCGUGGAUUUUACUGAAAAUGAUAACAGUACACUCUCCUCGCCAGUUUCAUCACCCAGCAUUGCACCAAGUGCAUCAUUAUCAAGUGUGUUUAAUGCUGCAUCGCAGACUAGUACAAAAUCAUCAGAGAGAUUAAUUGGACCUGUUUCCAACCUGUCUUCAUCAAGAGGACUUUCACCGAGAAGAACAACUUCUGGUGGCAUUGCUGAUUUAAUGAAAAGCGUUGAUUUCCCUGAAAAAGAUAGGAUACCAGCUUCAUCAAGAGGGGUUUCUCCAAGAAGGAGACCCACCUCUGAUAGUGUUAAUGAUAUUGUGAAAAAUAUAGAUUUUGCUGAAAAGGAUAGCAGAGUAGUCAGCUCAUCAAUUCCACCUCGAGGGGUUUCUCCAAGGAGAAGACUUGCCUCUGAUGGUCUUGAGACUAUAUCAAGGAGUUCGGUGUUUUCUGGAAACGAUAACAGGCCAUCCACCUCAUCUUCCAUAUCACAUGGGACGUCUCCACGAAGAAGGCUUGCUUCUGAUGGCAUAAGUGGUGUAACCAAAGGCAUGGACUUUGGUGAUUACGCUAACAGGCCAUCAACCUCUUCAGCGGUCUCACGAGGGAUUUCACCAAGACUUCAAUUAGCCUCUGAUGGUGUUGGCACUGUAUCAAAAGGCUCAGAUCUUGCUGAUGGACUAGACAGGCCAUCAACCUCAUAUGCAACACCGCGAGGUAUGUCACCACGCUGCAGGGUUGCAUCUGAUGCCAUCAAUGUCACUUCAGAAAGGAUCAAGUUCACUGAAAAGGAUUCCAGAACUGUGUCCUCCUCAGUUGCACCUAGAGGGGUCUCAACAUUAAGACAACUUGCCUCUGAUGGUGUUAAAACCAUAUCAAAAAGUAUGGAUCUUGUUGAGAAAGACACUAGACCUACUACCUCAUCAGCUGCAUCACGAGGGCUUUCACCAAGAAGGCGACUUUCGUCAGAUGGUGUCAAUGUGAUUAUAAAGAGCAUGGAUCUUGUUGAAAACAAUAACAAACUUGUCACCAUGUCAGCUGCAGCACGAGGGGUUUCACCAAGAAGACGACUCGCCUCAGACGUUAGCAAUGUGAUAUCAAUGAGCAUUGAUCUCAUUGAAAACAGUAACAAACCCUUAGCCAUGUCAGCUGUAGCACGAGGGGUUUCACCAAGAAGACAGCUCACUUCUGAUGGUAUAGAAUGUAUAUCAAAGAGCACAGACAUUACUGAAAAAUGUAUCAGACCUUCAACACCGUCAACUUCAUCACGAGGGUUUUCGCCAAGAAGACGGCUGGCCUCUGAUGGUAUCAAUGCUGCAUUGAACAAAGAAUUUGCUGACAAAAACUGUAGACCAUCUUCCUCAUCAGCUGCUUUACGAGGGGUUUCUCCCAGAAGCAGGGUUGCCUCUAAUGCCAUAUCAACAGGCAUGACUUUUGCUGAAAAAGACAGCAGACUGUCCACAGCAUCAAGUGCGUCGUGUCAGACUCUGCAGAGCAGUAGGCUUGAAUCUGAUGGUGUUAAUACCCUAUCAAAAGGUGUGGAGAGCCCGUCAACUGCAUCUGGUUGCAUUUCAGACAGUAAACUUGAUGACACUGGUGCUCUAGUAAAAAACAUAUAUGUUACUGAGAAACUUAUUGUGUCAACGGAAUACGGUGGUGAUGGUUACGAUCCAGGAAGAACAGAUUCUAGUGACAUAGCUACUAGUGCAGUCUCAUCAUCCCUUGCAUCUCAAGAGCCAUCACUGAGACCUGUUACUGAUGAUGAUAAGAAUGCAUCAGAGAAUGUUGUUGUAAACCAAAAAGGUAACAGAACAUUGACGGUGAAGGUUCCAUCUCGAGGAGCUUCUCCAACAAGGCGACUUGCAUCCGAUGGCACUGAUACUAUAUCUAAAAGCAUGGAUUUUGCUGAGGAAGAUAAGAAACCCAUGACAGUUCCAUCACGUGGAAUGUCACCAAGAAGAACGGCGAGAUCUGAAAGUGCUAAUAUAAUGUCAAAAAUUAUGGAUUUUGCUGAUGAAUGUAAUGGACCAGUAUCUUCAAUGGUUCCUUCACGAGUGUUUUCUACAAGAAGAGUACUAGGACCAGAUGGUGUUAAUGCCAUGUCAAGAAGCAUGGAUCUAACUGAUAAGACCAGACAGCAAAUAUCUUUAACUGUGCAACCAUCCAGAGUUUCACCAAGGAAAACGCCUCUUGCUUAUAACAGAAGAAAAGGCCCUGAAAUUUUAUCAGGUGAUGUUGAGAGCCCUGGUUCUGCUGAUGGAAAUGAAGGUCAAGAGGAGAAUGCCAGUUCAAGUCCAGAUGGACCUUCAAAUAAUUCAGAAAAAUCUACACCUCCAAAGCAGUUAGCUAGGGGAUCAUCAUCACCAUCACGUGUUUUAAUACGCCCUUCAUCACCAUCCAAUGCUUCGUCGUCACCAUCAUUUGCCUCUAGGAGAUUACCAAGCCCAUCAAGGACUAGACCCUCAACACCUGUCUCACCAUGUAGUUCUGCCAGAUCUGAUUCAGGCUCUUCAAUUCUUAGCUACAUUGUUGAUGCUACAAGAGGGAAGAAGAGCCCAGCUCACAUGGAAUAUGUCCAUCAGUUGCGCCUCCUGCAUAAUAGGAACUUACAAUGGCGUUUUACCAAUUCUUAUGUUGAUGAAAUGCUGUCAAUUCAGAAAUUAAGCGCCGAGACUAUGUUGUACAGUGUAUGGGAUGCUAACUCAAGGAUGUGCGACAAUAUGGUUAUGAAGAGGAGCUAUGUACAAAGACUAAGGCAAGAGGUCAAAUUGGGAAUAGUGUUGAAGGAGCAAAUGGAUUACCUUGAUCACUGGGCAGCGCUGCAAACAGAGCAUUCUUCUUCUUUAUCCAGCGCAACCGAAGCUAUUAAAGCAAGCACAUUGCGUCUUCCAGUUUCUGGAGGGGCUAAGGCUGAUGUACUUACUGUUAAGAAUGCUGUCAGUUCAGCAGUUGACAUUAUGCAAGCGAUGGGGUCAUCCAUUUGCCAUUUGCUAUCAAAGUUACAGGCUUCACACUCUCUGGUUACGGAACUUUCAGCUGUUGCUGCUAAGGAAAGUAUCUUACUCAAUGAGUACAGAGAACUCUUGGCAACAGCAGCAGCACUACAGGUCCAGGAGUCCAGCCUAAGGACACAGCUCAUACAACAGACAGAGUGAGCAGGUUAAGGUCCUGUAUGUAUUUCUGACUAGGAAGAUUAGAGGUAAACACCAUUCAUUAGUUUCAGUGACUGUGCGGUGCAUAUGUGUAUCUUUGAUGCCGUUUUUUUUCUCUCUCCUUUUUUUGUACUUAGUAGGUAGCCCAUAUUUCUUUGCAUUUCUACUCCCCCAUGUUCUUUUGUGUUCGAACAACUUACAUGGAAGAGAAGGGAAGCAACACGAAAUCAUGGAUUUCCAUGAC